AUCCUUUCUAUUUCCAAAGCAUUUAGGCCUCGGUCUCAGUUGGGACGCCAGGACAGCGGGCGGCAAACACAGCCUGGCCAGCCGUGCUGAUUCACCCGCUGCUCUCCGAUUUCUGUGUCCCCUUUGAAAGGACACCGAGGACCCGCUGCCAUUCGCGUGCCUGCCAAACCUCCGCCGAGCCGCUGGGCUUCUCAAAAAGCAGAUUAUUGCCCUUGCCCGGGCAGUGCCAGGCAGGGCGGCGGUGUCCGGGAGCCUCCCCGCGCUCUCCGCGGCUCCUUCCCCCGGCGGGCGGGGCCGGGCCCGGGGCGGAGCCGGAGCCUCUGCGGCGCCCGGGCUUGGCUUUGUCCCCGCGGCCGGGCCGGCGCAGCGACUGGGCCCGCGGUCAAGGAAGUGAGCUCGGCCCGGCCCGGCUCGGCUCGGCUCGGCUCGGCUCGGCUCGGCUCGGCGCGGCUCGGCUCGGCUCGGCUCGGCUCGGCUCGGCCCGGCCCGGCCCGGCCCGGCCCGGCUCGGCUCGGCUCGGCUCGGCUCGGCUCGGCUCGGCCCGCUGCGCUGCCAUGGGCCAGGGCCGGCUCCCGGCCCGCCGCGGGCUCGGCUGCUGCGCGCUGCUGCUGCUGCUGCUGCUGGGCGGCUCGGGCAGCCCCGGGACACCGCCGCAGCCCCGGGGACCCUGGGCACAGGAGCCGGGAGCCGUGCCCGAGGGGGGGCCGUGGGGCAGGGGGAGGUACGAGGCCGUGAAGAAGCACUUGGGAGCCGUGGGUGCUCUCUCCAAGCAGUAUUGGCGGUACCUGGCGUGCAGGGUGUGGCAGGAGGGCUGCGAGGAGGAGGAGAAGCAGCGAGAAGAAGGCGAGGCCGGUCCCAUCCCAAGCUGGAGCUUUCCUCUGGUGGGCCAGGAUUACCUGGAGAUCCUCUCUGCCUGGUACUGCAGCUUUGGCAAGUGCUGCGAGACAGGAGACUGCAGGAUAAUCAACAACAUCACAGGGCUGGAGGCAGACCUCAGCCAGCAGCUCCACGGGCAGCACUUGGCCAAGGAGGUGGUGGUGCGGGCGGUGCGGGGCUUCCUGCAGAGCCCACGGCCACAGAAGGCUCUGGUCCUGUCCUUCCACGGCUGGUCUGGCACGGGGAAGAACUUUGUGGCUCGGAUGGUGGCCAGCCACCUGUACCGGGACGGGCUGAGGAGCGACUGUGUCAGGGUGUUCAUCUCCCUGCUGCACUUCCCGCAUCACAACUACAUGGACUCCUACAAGGCCCAGCUGCAGAGGCAGAUCAGCGAGACCCUGCAGCGCUGCACGCAGGCCCUGCUCAUCUUCGACGAGGCCGAGAAGCUGCACUCCAGCCUCCUGGAUGCCAUCAGGCCCUUCAUGGCUCAACACGACAGCAAGGGCCAGCAGAGAUCCAUCUUCCUCUUCCUCAGCAAUCUUGGUGGCAACACCAUCAACGAGGUCGCCCUGGACUUCUGGCGGGCUGGCCGGGCGCGGGAGGAGAUCUCCCUGGAGCUGCUGGAGCAGCGGCUGCGGCUGGAGCUGCAGGAGGCUGCAGAGAACAGCUAUGCCCACAGCCAGCUCCUGAGAGAGAACCUCAUCGACGCCGUGGUGCCGUUCCUGCCUCUGGAGUACCAGCACGUGAAGCUCUGCGCCCGCGACGCCUUCCUGGCCCGCGGCCUGCCCUACACAGAGGCAACGCUCGACCAGGUGGCCCAGACCAUGGUGUUUGUCCCCAAAGAGGAGAAGCUUUUCUCUGCACAGGGCUGCAAAUCCGUGCCCCAGCGCAUCAAUUAUUUCCUUCCCUGAACGCCAGGUGGGACCCCACGUGUGCUGAAGGCGGUUCUGCGCUCUGGGAGAGCUCUCCUUGCACAGGGUCAGCAGCAGGUGACCCAGCCAGGCACUUGCAUGGGGACUCAACAGAGACUGAAACCCUGUGUUACUCCCAGAGCUGUUGCAGGGAAGGAGGUGCAUCCCUUACUCCUGGGAUGUGGGGACAGCCUGUGCUUGGCUGCGUUUGGAGUCUGUCUGAUGUUCUAAGUCCCUUCUUAUAGCUGGCAGUAGCCUGAAGGAGUGGUGUGGUUCUGCUGGCAGAUGCUGUUCCACAUGAGUGGGGACUGGGAAUGUCCAAGUCCUUGGUUUGUGGCUGUGGUGAAGGGAAGCCUUGGACAGGCUGGUCCUGUUGAGACAGUGGCCAAAGCCACGUCCCUGUCCCCAGUUUUCUGUGUAACUUCGCAAGAUCAGCCAGAACUGUUCUGCUGGAGUUUUUCCCCACUGUUGCUCUCGUGCCUUUCUAAGGUGUCUGCUGCUCAGGGACACACGGGACAGGAUCACAGUCUGUGCAGGGAGAAAAGGACUGAGUAAACUCCUCUGGAGAUGCCAAAUCCAUAGCUCUCACCUUGGAGUGCCCCCUUCUCACCGGAGUCUUCCGUUGUAUGGAAGCAGUGCCGGGGUGAGGGGAACUCCUGCUGCAAUUGUUUUGCUGCAGGGUUUGGUAGAGAGCCUGUUUCCUUCACUGCAAAACCAAAAAGGGGAGAGAACUCCUCUGCCAAGGGCAAGGGACAGGUGAGGAGGAUGGUGGCUGAAGCAUUAGGCUGCAGCUGAAUGUGAGUUUUCAUGGAUGCAGCAAAAACUUGGGGUUUUUUCCUUCCUUUUUUCAUUUUUCUCUUCAGUACAUUUCAUGCUGUGGUUUUUUGGCUGGUAUCAGCAUUAUUAUUAUUAUUACUACAAGGGGCUGUUUGCUGUCUGGGCACUCGCCAGGUGAUAAGUGCAUUGCAGCAGCUCCCAAAAAAUUUCGUCAGUGUUACGGGAAUCACCCUGUGACCUCUGGGUCGAAAUUCCCUUCCAACAGGGCAGUGCUGGCGAGGAGUGGAUCAGCACCUGCCAAGGACAGGGCUUGGCUUCCCGGCCGCCCCCACGGGGGACCUUUGAUCUAUUUCAGGCUUUGACACAUUUUGCGGUGCCAGGGAUGAGCAGCGCGACCUCUGAGAAGGGCUGAGCAGAGGGACACGUCCAGCCCUGCAGGCUCCGAGUCCCUGCUGCCCUCGGGGCUCCGGUACCCAGCCAGGCUUCAAGGCAGGGACGGGCCUCAAGGCAGGGACGGGCUGGCUGCUUUCCAGUGCCCCCCAGGGCAGCUGGCUGCACCGGCUGUGUGGGGUGGGCUCCAGGCUCUGCUACAGUUCUGCUCAGGCUCUUCUGAGGCCGGGUUUAUGGUUAAUCCCAGGUGUCAGAACCCUGGGAAGCGUCAGGGGUGAUGGCUCCGGCUGGGGCCAGGAGGCUGCUGCCUCACAGGACAGCUCGGGCUGUGUUUGGUCACCUGGGCAGCUUCGCAAGCUGUUUGUUGAGGGUUAGUUGCCAAAAGGUUGUGUGCAAGCCAGGAUAAAAGCGGGAGUUUUUCUAAAUGCCAAGAAGUGUUCAGCUGCGUUAGGCUGCCACAGGCUGGGGUUGCAGGAGGUUGGUGUGGGGCUGGUUUGAGAUGGGCACAGGAGCAGCUCUGGCUGUGGCUGCCAGGGAGGAGGUGGUGCCAGUGACGAGGGCGAGGCAAGAGCUGCUCUCUGCUGGGUCACAAGUGUGUGUGUCACACCUGGGCGAGCUCUGAUCAGCCCCACAGCAGCCAGAGCUGCUCUCUGACCCCGCCAGGGCAACAGUUUGGUUCUAAAUAGAUACCGCAUAAAUAAAGAUACUGCUUUUUAUGCAA